UGUGUUGAUAGUGAUUUAGAUAUUAGUGAUUUAGAUAUUGAAUCUGAAAAAGAUAAUAGUGAGAAUUCAAGUAUUGUAGAGAAUGAUAAUGAGAAUUUAGAGUCUUUACCUAUAGCAAUUCGAAAAACUUGUCGUAAGAAUUUAAAAAGAUGA